UUUUUCAGAUUGAUGAUUUGACAAUUGACAGUUGACAUACUCUCUAUAAUAUUUUGCUAUGACUUAUUAAUUCAGUCAUGUUAACUAUUUUUAUAGCCAUAUUAUUAUUAGAAACAACCUCUCUAACUCCAAGAUAUGAGUAACAUAUGUGUAUACUUUCUCCACAUAUCUCGCUUAUGAAAUUACACUUAAUAUAUUACUGUGACGACAUGUCAACAAGCAACCGUCCACAUCAUAUAGGAAGCAUCCUAGUUGUUACUACUGUUUUUAAUUAUAAAGAAACAUUAAAAACCAGUGAAAUACUUCGAAUCCUAACUAUAAAUAAAGUCUUCAAUCGUCUUCUUCUUCUUGGAAUUAUUAAGUUCCACACAAUUCAAUUUCCAUCUUCUAAGCUAGCAACCAUUUUUUUUUUAAUUAAAAAAAUGGCACCUAUCCCAACAACCAUUCAACAUUUUACUCACAAACAUUCACUAAUACUACACCAUGAUACCAUAAACCCUAAAUAUUUAUGUGAGGGUUGCAUGACUUAUGGUUUUGGUACAAGAUAUCAUUGCCAUGCUUGUACCUCUAACCUACAUGAAGAUUGUGCAAAGUGUCCUCGAAUUCUAUGGUCUUUUAUGCAUCCUCACCACCCACUCAGGCUUGUUGAGCGCGAUCACCAGAGUGGUGAUCGCGCUUGCAACAUAUGUCGUGAACUAAUUGAAGGCCUAUCUUAUAGGUGUGAGCCUUGUGGAUUUGAUGUUCAUCCUAUAUGUACUCUAUUGCCGGAAACACUCAACCAUAUUCUACAUCAGCCGCAUCCUUUAAGGCUAUUGAGCUCGAUCGAACAAGGAAUUACUUGUGUUAUUUGUAGAGGAGCAUGUAACGCUUUUUCAUGGCGUUAUCGAUGUGCACUAUGUAAUUUUGAUAUUCAUAUACGUUGCGUCCCAAUACAAUGUCAAAAUAAAACAACUCAUCGAGGGAUUUCGACGUACUUCCCACCAUCUAUAUUACCUCAACAACAUUAUUUUGUUGGUUAUCCUAAUCCAAAUAAUUUUCCUGGUCCAUCUAAUAUGAACCAUUACAACAACAAUAUUGUGCCACAACUAUACCAACAAAAUCAUGGGCAGGCACAAACUCAUUAUGGUGUAAAUUAUGGCGGACGAAUUAAUCAAGUGAUGUUUCAUUUGGUGAAAACAAUUGCAACUGGGGUGAUUUCCAAUUUGGUAUUUGGGGUGAUCGAUGUGUCUACAAUUUUUUGAUCUUGAUAAUGUAAAAGUGUAUAAAUUUUUUCAUCCUUAGUUACGGAAAGUAUAAUGCUUUGAAAAAAGAAAAAGAUAAUUUCAUUUUGUGUGGUAAAACUUUUUGUUGGAUUUUCGGUCUAUAUAUUAAUGUUUUGGAAUUUUUACUA